CUCAAUCUUUCGGCCGACGAGAAACGCUACUAUGGCCAGCUGUUCCAGCAGGCCGACACGGAUCGUUUGGGUGUUGUAACCGGCGAGAUUGCUGUGCGCUUCUUCGAGAAGACAAAGGUCGCUCCCAAUGUUCUGGGUGAAAUCUGGCAAAUUGCCGACCAUGAGAACCGUGGCCUUCUCACCAAGCCUGGCUUCAGCGUAGCUCUCCGUCUUAUCGGUCACUACCAGGCUGGUCGCGAUCCUACUGCUGAGCUGGCCUUCCGACCUGGUCCGUUGCCCAAGUUCGACGGCAUGCCCCCACCUCCUCCUGCGCCCAUCGCAUCCGCUCCCUCUACCCCUGCCGCUCCCAUCCAAGCUCAAGGUACUGGUAUCAGGAUACCUCCGCUCAAUCCUGAGAAAUUGACACAGUAUGCCAAUCUGUACGAUCAGUCGGCUGGCGGUGGCUACCUGUCAGGCGAGCAAGCAAAAGCCAUCUUCGAGAGAGCGGGUCUGCCCAACGAGACUUUGGGACGUAUCUGGCAAUUGGCCGAUCGCGAAGGAAAGGGUUCUCUCGACAAGACCGAGUUCUGCAUUGCCAUGCACCUGAUCACCUGUUACAAGAGUCGCGCGUUGGCUGGUUUCCCUAAUGUCCUACCUCCUGCUCUUUUCGAAGCCGCCGCUCGUCGUCCCAAUCCUCCCGCUGCUCGUUCGCCCGUUGCUCCUACCGGUCCAUCUGCCAUCCCUCGUCAGUUCACUGGUCCUCAAGCUCGCGCCCAAAGCCCCCUUGCAAGAGCUGCCUUCGGAGCGCCGCCUGCCGUGGCUCCACAAAUCACUGGUCCUACUUGGUUGAUCGCUCCUCAAGAAAAGGCAAAGUACGACCAAUUCUUCUCGAGCAUCGAUACGGCAAACAACGGUCAUCUGAGCGGUGAACAGGCCGUCAAGUUCUUCAGCGACUCUGGUCUGCCUGAGGACACUCUUGCUUCUAUCUGGGAUCUAGCCGACAUCAACUCGGAGGGACAGCUCAAUCGUGAUGAAUUUGCAGUCGCCAUGUACCUCAUUCGCCAGCAGCGAAGCGGCGCUCCUCUGCCUGCUUUCCUUCCUCCCGCUCUCGUUCCUCCGGGCAUGCGUAACCAACAACAUCCUACUCCUCAGACAACUGCACCGGCAUUCGACAAUGCGAACAACUCAUCGCAACUUCCUAAAUCGGCCACUGAGGACUUGUUUGGACUGGACGAGCCCAUGCCUUCGAUCGCUAAUCAGCAGCCUGCUCUUGCGCCUGUUUCGGCACAAAACACUGGAAGCGUUUUUGGUGCCGAUCCUUUUGCUGGAAGUAAGCCGUCUUCUCCUCCACCCACCUCUCCUACCAGGAACUUUACUCCUCAGCAGACUGGUGGUGGUCCCGCAUCUUUGUUCAAGCCCUUCAUUCCUACUUCUGCAUUCGGCGCCACCUUGGCAGCACAAAACACUGGAGGCAGCAAUGCUCCCAGCAGCGCCCCCAGCAAUAAUUCCAGAAGCGUCCAGCCUCCCUCAGCAAUGGAUGAUCUGCUCGGAGCUGCCAACGAGGAUGAAACCAAGAACAUUACUGAGGAUACAACUGAGCUUGCAAACAUGUCUAACCAACUCGGCAACCUCAGAAACCAGAUGCAAGAGGUUCAGACUAAGAAGACUACGAACGAGCGUGAUCUGGCUGCUUCGAGCGCGCAGAAGCGUGAGCUUGAGCAGCGUCUGGCCCAUUUCCGUGCUCAAUACGAGCAGGAAGUGCGAAGCGUCAAGUCUCUGGAGGAACAACUUGCUAACUCACGAACUGAAACCAAGAAGCUGCAACAAGAAUUUGCCAUGAUCGAGGGUACCUACCAAGAUUUGCAAAACCAGCACCAGCAAGUCGCCCAGGCCCUUUCUGCAGACCAGCAGGAGAAUGCCAGUCUCAAGCAGCGCAUCUCGCAGAUGAACACUGAGAUUGCUCAGCUCAAACCAACACUCGACAAGAUGAGAUCCGAUGCCCGCCAACAGAAGGGUAUGGUCGCGAUCAACAAGAAGCAGCUGGCAACCAACGAGGGUGAACAUGAAAAGAUUCAGACUGAAAUGGGUGACUUGAAGAAGGCUGCCGAAGAACAUGAGCAGCAGAUGCGAGAGCAAGCAGCACAAGAGGAGCGUUCUAGACAAGCAGCGCAGGAAGAGCGUCCGAGAGCUGUCGUCUCACCUCCUACCACUGUUGUUAGCCCUGCACCGUCAAACACUAAUCCCUUCUUCAGGAAGUCUACUGUCCCUAGAGAGGAAGGCACUCUUUCGCCUGGAGGCGGUUUCUUGUCGAGUGCACCCAGCCCUAGUGCUUUCGAUGCGUUGUUCGGUCCUUCGGCUGCUCAGCAGCAGGCCGGUCCACACACACCGCCUGUCACAUCUUUCAGAUCUGAGCCAUCUGGUAAUUCGGUUUCGUCUGACGGUCGCAUGACUCCCGCAUCUCCGACUCUGUCCGCCACCACUCACGAUGAACCUCCUCCACCUCCUCCGGAGUCCAGACAAUUCACUCCCAACAUCUUGCCAAUGCGUCAACCUUUGACUAGAGAUCAGUCUGUUGCUUCAUCCAACCGCGCAGCACCUCCUGCUAGUAGACUGGGUGAGCAAGAUGUUGCUAGUGUCAACUCUCCUUGGGACGCUGCCCCUACCAGCUCCUACAGCGCCAACCCCUGGGGUGGUGAGAGCCAGUUGGAAGAAGAGAUUCCUGGAGCCUUCCCCGAAACUCCUAUGGAAGUUCAAAGCACUGGUCAGUCCGCACAGGCUCCAGCACAUGACUUUGACUCUGCAUUUGCUGGAUUCGGAGAGGGCCAUCAGCAGAAUGGUACCCACACGGCUACUCAUGAUCCUUUCGCUCCCGCACCAGUCUCUAGAGAGGUCGAACAUGCACCCCCAAGCUACGGAAAUUCCGAGUUCCCUCCUAUUCAGACUUUGGAACACGAGGAUUCAAGCAGUGAUGAUGACAGUGAUAGCGAGCGUGGUUUCGGUGAUGACUUUGUUGCUCCUGUCGAUGUCGCCGCUCGUCGUCCCAGUGCUGUCGGUACACAGUCGGCAGUCAACUUGUCGGAGCUUCCACCCAUCACGGCUCAAACAUCGCCACCUUCAUAUGAGGCAGCUCAGGAAGGACAACACCGCAGUGGCUCGAACAACUUCCCUCCUGAAUACACCGGCCUCUUGCCUGCCCGCGAGGACCCUAUACAGUCUCCCGUGCCACACUCGAUCCCUCAUGAGCAGCAACCUCAGACUCCCUUGACUAGCACCGCUGGAUCAGAUCACUUCCACGAUGCUCACUCUCGUCCCAUGAGCAACAUUACUGACGCGGGUGCCACGUCUUUUGCCAAUGUGGAAGAAGUGACCCACCACGUUACUCCUAGCGCACCUCAAGAGACUACCAAGGACGCAUUCGACGAUGACUUUGACGACUUUGACGAUCUUGCCGAGGCAAAGGAAGCCGGUGGUGAAGGAUUCGACUUUGACUUCCCUCGUCACCAGAACACUGACGAGUUCGAUGCAAACUUUGAUUCGCCUGCGCAGUCGACUAUGCACACCGUGUCAUCGGCACAGGAGACGCCGGUAUCGAGAGCUGCGCCUGGCGGGUUCUCGGAUUUUGAAAGCAACACGGGCUCGGCGCACCAGCCCAUUCCGAUCGCGAUUCCCUUUGGCUCAACACACGAACCUCAAGCACAGCAGCCUCACGACUGGGAUGCAAUUUUCUCGGGUCUUGAUACACCGGCACCUCAGGUUGAGCCCACGCCCAACUUCGGCAGCAACAGCAGAUCCAACGAUGGUGCAGCAACACCCAAGGCGUCAUCGUCUGCGCAGUUGAAUACCAUGCCUCAAUUGGGGCGUGCCAUCAGUACGGGGACCGAGCACGACGAUCCUAUUCUCAAGAGGCUUACGGGCAUGGGAUACCAGCGUGAGAAGGCUCUGGACGCGCUGGAGAAAUACGACUAUGACAUUGAUAGGGUAAGUUGUAUGCAUGUGCUACAAGAGGGAAACAAAUUCUAA